AUGCAUGGACGGCCAACAUCGAAUAUUAAGUAUUAUUUAGCAGGAUUAUGGGAAGGAGAUGGGCAUAUUUGGAUCCCUAAGACUAUUAAAUCCCCUAGUGGAAAAAAAUAUACUCCUCAUUUUGCUAUUUCAUUUGCUGAAUCGGAAUACCCUUUAGUUUUAGAAUUAAAAGUUUUAAUUGGGGGUUCGAUUCGACAUAAAGUGGAAAAUCACGCUUACGUUCUUACAAUCACUUCAAUACCAGGAUUAAUUAAUAUUAUUAAUUUAAUCAAUGGUUGUUUGAGAACUCCAAAAUUAACCCGAUUUAAUGAUAUGAUAUACUGGAUUAAUCGAGCUACCGGAAGUUCUAUACCUACACAUAAUGUAGAUAAUAGUAAUUUACUUAAUAAUGCUUGGUUAGCUGGUUUUAUUGAAGCUGAUGGUUCAUUUGACAUUCGAGUUUCUCAAACUAGUGGAGGAUCUUCUAAAAAUCGGGUGAGUGCUCGAUUGCGAUUAGAACAACGGAAAGUACACCCUGAUACAGGAAUAUCUUAUUUUGAUAUUAUAACAUCUAUUGCUACAACACUUGGUGUUUCACUUAAUUUGUCUACACAUAAUGGUAAUGUAGAAUACUUCUUAGUUAGUGCUUCAAGUACAAAAUCACGAAGUAUUAUUGUUAAUUACUUUACACAGUUCCCUUUAUUUUCUAGCAAACGGCUUAAUUAUUUAGAUUGGUUAGCUUGCCAUUAUUUAAUUGUCAACAAUAACCAUCUUACACCAGAAGGCCGAGCCCUAGCUUUAAAAUUAAAAUCAGGUAUGAAUAGCAAACGAACCCUUUUUAAAUGGGAUCAUUUAGAAUCACUCAAAUCUUACUAA